UCGAUCAGGCAGCAUGGAUUCUAAUUGUAGCGAGCGCUCCCAUAGCUGUUGAAAUCACUCAUUACGAACAUGUACAUACAAUAUCUCCUGAUUUGACAAGACGAGGAGCGGAGGAUGAGCAAGGAUCCUAAUGGUACAGUCUAGAAAGGUGGAAUUACAAAACACCAGACCAGCACUGUCCGAGGGUCGUUAUUUCUUUAGUGGAGCAUACCCUAAAUUUCCAGCAGAUUCGCAGCCAUUUCUAGCUCCUAUUAGGAGAUACCAGAUUUCAUACAUAUAUGUAGGGAGUACCUUCAUCUACAAGGGAUAUUUCGUAAAGCUACAGAAAAAGCCAUAAGCUAACCUACCUAGUACUUUACUAAUAAAGUUAUCUAAAAAUCCAGCGACAACUUAUUUCGCCUUCUACUGUAAUCACCAUUCGCAAUAAUAACCGCUUCAAGGUCCUGGUGAAAAUAGCGCCAGAGGCACGUGAAAUGGUGUGCGAGGCCGAGAAUCCGCCGCCCCACGCCGAUGACCCGGAUUGCAGCAAUUUCGAACAAGCACAAACAUCUCGUCCAGCUGCCCCUGCACCGUCAAAUCCUGCCCUCAACUUCCCCUGCCUCGACGCAAUCGAGUCCCGUUCCGCACGGCUCAGCGCCGAUUCCAGCUCCGCUUCCCGGGCCGGCCUUUCAUCUUCAUCUUCAUCUUCUUCAUCUGCCGGCCCCGAGCCCUCGUACACUUCCGGCGACACCCUCAACUACCACUGCCGUGAUCCCUUGCUACUUGACUGGGGCGGCGUCCUGCCCUCCUUCAACAUCGCCUAUGAGUCGUGGGGCCGUCUCAACGCUGACAAGUCCAACGCCAUCCUCCUGCAUACCGGCCUUUCAGCUUCUUCUCACGCCCAUUCGACGGAUGCCAAUCCCGCUCCUGGCUGGUGGGAGAAAUUCAUCGGCCCCGGAGCACCCCUGGACACAGACCGCUUCCACAUCAUCUGCACCAAUGUCAUCGGCGGCUGCUAUGGCUCAACCGGCCCGGGCAGUGUCGAUCCAGGCAACGGCGAGAACUACGCGACCCGGUUCCCCAUCUUAACCAUGCAAGACAUGGUGCGCGCCCAGUUCCGCCUGCUAGACCACCUCGGCAUCGACCGUCUCUACGCCAGCGUCGGCUCCAGCAUGGGCGGCAUGCAGUCCCUCGCCGCAGCAACGCUGUUCCCCGACCGCGUAUCCCGUGUCGCUACCAUCAGCGGCUGUGCCAGAAGCCAUCCGUACAGCAUCGCCAUGCGCCACACGCAGCGCCAGGUGCUCAUGAUGGACCCCAACUGGAACCGCGGCUUCUACUACGGCCGCGUGCCCCCCCACGCGGGAAUGAAGCUCGCCCGCGAGAUCGCCACCGUCACGUACCGCUCCGGCCCGGAGUGGGAGCAGCGCUUCGGCCGUCGCAGGGCUGACCCCAGCAAACCACCCGCCCUGUGCCCAGACUUCCUCAUCGAGACGUACCUCGACCACGCCGGCGAGAAGUGGUGCCUGACGUACGACCCCAACAGCCUGCUCUACGUCAGCAAGGCCAUGGACCUCUUCGACCUCGGCUACGAGAACCAGGUGGCCACCCAGGCACGCCGCAGAGCUCGCGAAGAUGCCCUCGCCACGGCCUCUUAUUCCCCCUCUGAAUCUGCCGCCGCCGACCCGCACUGCAGCCUGACGCUCCCCAACGAGCCGUACCAAGAGCAGCCUGAUUCAACGUCGUCUUCAGUCGGCGAUGCCUCCGAGGCACUCUCUUCACCGGCAAACCCCGCGUCCUCUCGCCCUCCCGCCGACUUGAUCCGCGGCCUGUCUCCCCUCCGCGACAUCCCCACGCUCGUCAUGGGCGUUGCCAGCGACAUCCUCUUCCCGGCGUGGCAGCAGCGUGAGAUUGCCGAAUCUCUCCGCCUAGGUGGAAACCGAAACGUCACUCACGUAGAACUGAGCGAGGAGACGAGCUUAUUCGGACACGACACGUUCUUGCUAGACUUGAAGAACGUAGGAGGGAACUUACGGUUGUUUCUCGACUAA